AUGGCAUUCUCAGUCACUGCCCUGGCAAUAGCACUUGUUGCAGGUGCUGUCUUUUACCAAUUUAUCAUCUACCCAGCGUUCAUCUCCCCACUAUCCAAAAUUCCCAAUGCACACUGGAGUGUGCCCAUCUCACCGGCAUGGAUGCUCUGGAAGCGAUUCACAAGUCGAAACAACCGGACGAUUCAGGCUGCACAUGAGAGACUCGGUCCUAUCGUCAGACUGGGGCCAUCUGAGAUCUCGAUAAACUGUGUAGACGGAGGGAUCAAGUCAGUCUACACUGGCGGAUUCGAGAAACAUGACUGGUAUCCACGAGUGUUUGCGUCGUUUGGAACCGUCAGCAUGUUCACCAUGACGGGGAGUAAGGCUCAUUCGAUUCGGAAGAGAAUGUUGUCCAACAUCUACUCCAAAUCAACUCUUCAGACGUCGCCGCAUCUUCGCAUAGUUUCAAAUGCAAUUAUCUCGGACCGACUGUUGCCAAUCCUCGACGAAGCGGCAAAGUCUGGGAAACCAGUUGAUGUGCAUGAUCUGAACCAAGGUCUGACGAUGGACUUUGUCUCCUCCUAUCUGUUUGGUCUGCAGAACGGCACCAAUCUCCUACAAGACCCCUCAGUUCGGAAGCACUGGCUCCAUCUUUACAUGUGCCGAAAACCGUUCGAGUUCUAUGCCCAGGAAGUCCCAUAUUUGGACGGAUGGUUGCGACGUAUUGGUCUUCGCGCGGUUCCCAAAUAUUGCGACGAAGCGAAUAAAAUGCUCGACGCUUGGGCCUUAGAUCUAUGCGAUAGAGCCGAGCAAAUAGUCUCGUCGACGCAGCCAGGGGUCGAGCCUGUUGUCUACAAGCAAUUGAAGCAAUCCUUGGACAAGCAUUCGCUCAAGAAUGGGGAAGCCGAGCCGGACAAGGCACAGCAGCGACUCGAUAUUGCUUGCGAGAUGUAUGACCAGCUGACUGCCGGCUUUGAGACCAGUGCUGUUGGCCUGACAUAUUUGCUAUGGCAACUUUCUCGAAACCAGGAAGUACAGGAUAAGCUCCGGGAGGAGCUGCGCACUCUUGAUCCCCCGGUUUCGUACUCAAAGCAAACCGAGUUUCCGCUCGCCAAGUCCAUUGAUAGCCUACCCCUGCUGGAAGCCAUUGUGACAGAGACUUUACGACUUCAUGCUCCGAUUCCUGGCAUCCAGCCUCGGGUCACACCGUCUCCGUCAUGCACGCUGGCUGGAUAUACAGAUAUCCCGCCUAAUACCCGAGUAAAUGCGCAAGCAUACUCAUUGCACCGCAACCCCGAGGUUUUCCCAGAGCCAGAGAGAUGGGAACCAAAGCGCUGGCUGGAAAAUGAAAACUCGCGAUCUGAUCUGGAAGAGCGACGUCGGUGGUUCUGGGCGUUUGGAAGCGGAGGGCGUAUGUGCGUGGGAAGCAAUCUCGCUCUGCAAGAGAUGAAACUGGCAGUGGCUGCGAUGUACACCAACUUCCGCACUACCAUUGUCAACGACGACAACAUCGAAGCAAUCGAUGCCUAUACUGUGAAGCCGACAGGUGAUAAACUAAUCCUCAAGUUCGAGCACGUCUAA